AUGCUCAAGAUUACCGACGCUCCAAUCACUGCAGCCGGCCGAGUCGCCUAUCUUGGCGAAUCCUCCAACCUUACCCUCCUUCAAGACGAACAGAGUUCCGCAAACUCCGGCCACUAUCCGUUACCUGAAAACGUUCGAAUCUCCCAGGCCAGUUUUGACGGGCACGACGAUGCCGAAGUCUACACCAUACUGCAUCAAUCAGGCGCAUUUCUGUUGCCUCCUCGAUCUCUUUGUGAUGAGCUUAUCGAGGCCUACUUUGAAUGGGUCCAUCCUAUCAUCCCCAUUAUCAACCGAACCCGCUUUAUGCGCCAACAUCGAAAUCCUGAUGACUCCCCACCCUUACUACUUCUCCAGUCCAUCCUCCUAGCGGGCAGCCGUGCUUGUCGCAGUCCUGAGCUAGUGGAUGCUAAUGGCUCGACAACUCCCGCAGGAUUUGUCUUCUUUAAGCGUGCAAAAGCUUUAUAUGACGCAAACUACGAGGCUGACCGGGUCACCAUCGUGCAGUCACUCCUCCUCAUGGGCUGGUACUGGGAGGGCCCUGACGAUGUAACUAAGAAUAUCUAUUACUGGAGUCACUUGGCUACUGCAGUCGCUCAGGGGUUGGGCAUGCAUCGCUCUGUUGAGCAAUCACGGCUACGCCUCUCCGAUAAGAGGCUCUGGAAAAGAAUCUGGUGGGCCCUGUUUACCCGUGACCGUUCUGUUGCUCUAGCACUGGGUCGGCCCGUUUCUAUCAAUCUUGACGAUUCCGACGUGGAAGCGCUGACGGAAGAAGACUUUUUAGACCAGGACGAGUCAGAUAGAGUCAGUGAGUACCCGCCCGACCCUGUACAUAUACAGUUCUUCCUGCAAUACGUCAAGCUUUGCGAAAUCAUGGGACUUGUGCUGUCAUUGAAGCAUUCAGUCGCCUCUAAAGACCAGCAACGAAUCGCCGUCAACAAUGCUCAAGUAGCCUUGGCUGAUUGGCUCCAUCAAUGUCCCACGAUUGUAUACUGGGCAAUACCCCGACACCACUUUUGGUCAGGACUUCUUCACUCUAACUAUUACACAAUGCUUUGUCUCUUGUAUCGAGCCCAUAUGCCAAUCAGCGAUCCCCCACCGUCCCUCGAGUACUUUCCCUGGCCCAAUGUCGCCCUCCGAGCCGCUGCUAUGAUCACCAUGAUUAUCGAGAACCUUGUGGCUCAUGGCCAGCUCCGUUUCUGCCCGCCCUUUAUAGUCUACAGCCUCUUCUUGGCCAUAAUCAUGCAGAUACACGAAAUCAAGUCGCCUGUGCCUUCUAUCCAGCAGGACGUAACGGAGGAAAGACUCCGGAGUUCUAUGUCGGCCAUGAAGGAAUUGUCGCGUGUUUGGUGGGUAGGUAAGAUGAUUUAUACUCUCUUGGAGUCCGUCAUUGGGGAAAAGGUGCUGGAGGAGAGAUUGCAACAGGCCACCGACAAGCCACAUCAGAAAAUGUGUCAGCAUCUUCCACAGCUGGAACAAAACGAUCGACUCUCUGAUGCUCCGCCCAUAACGGUGUGCGUCGACUCAUCGCCAACGGAGACAUACGUAUGCCUUGGACGCAACGCAAAGGGUUCGGCGUCGCCUGACGAUGGCGUGGUGCACAACCAGACUAGCCUAUUCACUGGUAUUGGCGAAGAUUGGUUUCAAUUCUUUGGUCUCGACGAAGUCAUCAACUUUGGUGGAUAG